ACGGCCAAAGCGACAAAGGAGUGGCUCAAGAAGAAGCACAUUGAGGACCUGGAGUGGCCUAGCCAGUCUCCAGACCUUAAUCCCAUAGAAAAUCUGUGGAGGGAGCUGAAGGUUCGAGUUGCCAAACGUCAGCCUCGAAACCUUAAUGACUUGGAGAAGAUCUGCAAAGAGGAGUGGGACAAAAUCCCUCCUGAGAUGUGUGCAAACCUGGUGGUCAACUACAAGAAACGUCUGACCUCUGUGAUUGCCAACAAGGGUUUUGCCACCAAGUACCAAGUCAUGUUUUACAGAGGGGUCAAAUACAUAUUUCCCUCAUUAAAAUGCAAAUCAUUUUAUAACAUUUUUGACAUGCGUUUUUCUGGAAUUUUUUUUUUUUUCUGUCUAUCACUGUUCAAAUAAAUCUACCAUUAAAAUUAUAAACUGAUCAUUUCUUUAUCAGUGGGCAAACGUACAAAAUCAGCAGGGGAUGAAAUACUUUUUUCGUCACUUCAUCACUGGCGGAUCAGAAGGAAUAGGAAAAGCUUAUGCAGAAGAGUUUGCAAGACUUGGGCUGAAUGUGGUAAUCAUUAGCAGGAGUAAAGAGAAGCUUGACAGAGCUGCAAGAGACAUAGAGGUUAAAAUGGACAGAAAGGUCAUGGUCAUAGCCGCCGAUUUUACCAAGGAUGACAUUUAUGGACACAUUAACGAAAAUAUUCAGGGUUUGGAUAUUGCUGUUUUAGUUAACAAUGUGGGAAUUCUGCCAAGUAAAGUACCCUACAAAUUCCUUGAAACAGUUCAUCUGGAAGAGAAAGUUCAUCAAAUGAUCAACUGUAAUGUCAAAGCAGUGGUCAAGAUGUGCCACAUUGUCCUUCCUGGAAUGGUGGAAAGACAACGGGGCAUCAUCCUGAACAUUUCAUCUGGCAUUUCUAAAAUUCCCUUCCCCUUGUACACUUUAUAUUCAUCUACAAAGGUGUUUACUGAGAUAUUCUCACGAGGGCUUCAAGCUGAAUACAAAUCCAGUGGAAUUCUUAUUCAGAGUGUGUCUCCUUUUGGGGUCUCCACUGCAAUGACGGGCUUUCAGAAACCAAGCAUUAUUACAUUCACUCCUGAGGGGUUUGUGAGCGGCUCCCUAAUGCAUCUGAAAGCUGGAGAGCAAACCUAUGGGAGUGUCAGCCAUGCAAUUCUGGGCUGGAUCAUCCAGGCAAUCCCCAACUGGGUUCUGAGAAGAGAAGCAUUUCAGAAUAGCUUUCAGGAGUAUAUAAAGAAGCAAGUGGACAGCUGAGUGCUUUGUUUAUAGCUGAGCAUUUUGCUAGUGCAUAUUAUUUUUUGAUGACUCUAGUAAUUGUUGUUUAUAUGUCACCAUCUGAAAACCACUGGAUGUCUGGGUCAUACUAAAUACUUUUCCAGUACCCUAAGAUAGCAGAAUCUUGGCAUGUACUUGACUUUACUUCCCAUGCGGAAAGACAUAGGAGCAGGGUCAGCCUGCAUCUUAACUGCAGACAGUCUGCCUCCUAAUUGGUCUCUAGAUAAAGGAGAAAAGCAAUAAAAUUAUACAACAGGU